AUGGUUCAUCACCUCGAUGUCUAUUACGGCAGUGAAACCGGGACGGCGCAGGAGGUCGCCGAGUACGUUGCAGCCAUGGCGGGGCGACGGGGGUUCGACACGGCUGCCGCGUCACUUGAUUCCGUUCCCAUUUCGCACGCGGUAGAGUGCUCUCUGGCCGUGUUCGUCGUGAGCACCACCGGAGACGGGGAGGUGCCGAGCAACAUGUCCACGUUCUGGCGAUUUCUCCUGCGAAGGGGUUUGCCCAAGGACUGCUUGGCGAACAUGUGUUUUGCCAUUUUUGGUCUGGGAGACAGCGGCUACACCAAGUACAACGCCACCGCGAGGAAGCUGCACGCGCGCUUGUUACAGCUGGGCGCCGUCGAGCUGGUGGAACGAGGUCUGGGCGACGACCAAAGCCCUAGGGGAAUGUGGGGAGACCUCGACCCGUGGCUGGCCUCCCUAUGGGCAGGCCUCCUACAAAUCAAACCUCUUCCUGAAGGAACGGUGGUAGAUGACACCCCUCGCCUCGAGCCACCCGUGUUCAGCAUGACUCCUGCUGAGGCUUCUGACAGCUCCUCCGCAGAGAUCGAGGCAGGGAGGCGCGAGUUCUGGGAUUCCAUGGCCCCACCAAGGCCAGCCACGCGCAGCGACGGAGCACCCGCUCCGGCUAGACUGCUUGUGAACCGUAGGCUGACCGCUGAAGGACAUUUCCAAGACGUCCGACACCUGGAGUUCGAUGCUAGUGGCGUUCCGGGAGGGGCAAGUUACGAGGCCGGGGAUGUUGCAUGGGUUCAUCCAUCCAACAACGCAUCAGCGGUGGAAACGUUGGCUGUGGCGAUGGGCCUAGAUUUGGACCAAGUUGUGCGCAUCGCUCCCGCCCUUCCUCAGCCGAAGCCGGUGGCGACGGAUGCGCCGGUGGCUAGGGAAGAAGGCGGGGCUGUUGCAGAAGGAACACAGCCGCCCGGGGCGGGCGUGUCGGCGACAGCUCCAGUCCGACCUCGGCGACAACAGCGGCGUGACCCACAACAAGCAGGCUUCUUCUUGCCUCCAGUGUCCACGCUACGGCUCCUGCUAACGGAGGUGCUUGACAUCUCGGGAACUCCACGGCGAUCCUUCUUCGAACGCCUAUCUGUCUUCGCCACCGAAGACGAGGAGAAGGAAAAGCUGGAGGAGCUUGCGUCUCCGGCAGGGGCGGACUUGUUGUACGAGUACGCUACGCGAGAGAAACGCGGCUAUGUUGAGGUCUUCGGAGAUUUCCCGUCCUGCAAGGUUCCUCCGGAGAGGCUGCUAGAGCUAGUGCCGAGGCUACGCCCCCGAGGAUUUUCCAUCGCGUCGUCGGCGCUGGAAACGCCCUCCCAGGUGCACCUUUGCAUGGCCGUCGUGUCUUUCCGCACCCCGUACAAACGACUGCGAACUGGCGUUUGUUCAAGCUGGCUAGCCUCCCUCACGCCAGGAGCAGCGGAGGUGCCCAUCUCCAUUCGGCCGGGGACCUUCAAGCUCCCGCAGUCGCCCAGCCACCCGCUUAUCAUGGUCGGCCCCGGCACUGGCGUCGCGCCCAUGCGCAGCGUCGUCUUAGAACGGUGGCGGCAGAGGCAGCAGGGGUUGGGGGGGGCGGGGGUUGGUAGUAGUGGUGAUGGAAGCUUGUGGCCGUCGCCUGGGCGGCCUGGAACAGGCGCGACUGGGGCUCCGCCGGAUACGCUGUUUUUCGGGUGCAGAUUUCGAGAAAAAGACUUUUUCUACGAACAGGACUGGGAGGUGCUUUCUGCCUCCGGCAAUCUCUCCCUUUUUACCGCGUUCUCCCGGUCUAACCCGGACGGUACGGGGAGCCGGGUGUACGUGCAGCAUCGGAUACGCGAGCAGGCGUCCUUGAUAGCUGGUUUGGUGGUGGAUCAUGGCGCGAAUAUCCUGGUCUCUGGCUCGGCGAAGCAAAUGCCUCGAGACGUCCGAGAGGCAUUUCGAGACGUCCUUGCAGAACACGAGAAGGUGGGAGGAGAGGCCGGCGCAGACUCUCUACUCAAGGCGAUGGACAGACAGGGACGUUACUGUGUAGAGGCCUGGUCCUGAUUGGCACGCAUGCUCGAAACCACUGGGAGACGGCGAGGGCGAGGGACGGGUUGGGCGACGCAUGUUGAUACCCGUUCCAAUCUGGACCGGAGUGUGUCGGGUUAUCGCAGACCAUGGGAAUGUCUCCCAUCGCCUGUUCAUG